AUGGCUGAAACAAAGGAAAUCAAAUCCCCACCAGUGUCAUGUCCACCCUCUCAGCUUCAAUACUCACCCUCUCUCACAAGAUCACCACUUCUUCAUUCAGAAAAUGAAGACACACCACAUCCAAAAAACAAAACACCAAGAAUGCCUUUCACUCCACCAAGGUUUAAUCUCACCCCUUUGGCAAGUCCUAUGAGGAAAGCUUUUAAACUAACCAAGCUUGAUCCUCAAGAUGCUUGGUUGCCAAUAACUGAGUCUAGGAAUGGUAACAAAUAUUAUGCUGCUUUUCACACUCUUUGUUCUGGGAUAGGUAUUCAGGCUCUUGUUAUUCCUGUUGCCUUCACUAUUCUUGGUUGGACAUGGGGAAUAAUAAGUUUGACUAUAGCAUUCAUUUGGCAGCUUUACACUUUAUGGUUGCUAGUUCAUCUUCAUGAAUCAAGGGAGGAAGGUGUUCGUUAUAAUCGAUACCUUGAACUCUGUUUUGCUACUUUUGGUGAGAAAUGGGGGAAAUUGCUAGCAUUAUUUCCAAUAUUAUACCUAUCGGCAGGAACAUGUACUACAUUGAUCAUCAUAGGAGGAUCAACAGCUAGAACAUUCUACGAGAUUGUAUGUGGAGAAUCAUGCACUUCCAAACCUAUGACUACUGUGGAAUGGUACUUGGUUUUUACAUGUGCAGCUGUGGUUUUGUCUCAGUUACCAAACUUGAAUUCUAUAGCUGGAGUUUCCCUCAUUGGAGCUGUAACUGCUGUUGGGUAUUGUACCUCUAUUUGGGUGAUUUCUGUGGGACAGGGUACUCUACCAGGGGUGAGUUAUAAUCCUGUGAGGGGAGAGAACAAUGUUGAAAAAACUCUUGGUGUUCUUAAUGCAUUUGGUAUUAUUGCCUUUGCGUUUAGAGGUCACAAUCUCAUCCUUGAAAUUCAGGCUACUAUGCCUUCAAGUGAUAAGCAUCCAUCACACGUACCCAUGUGGAAAGGAGUCAAAAUUGCUUACACACUCAUUGCCGCUUGCUUGUUUCCUGUAGCCAUUGCUGGCUAUUGGGCCUAUGGCCAAUUGAUUCCAGCAAAUGGAGGAAUGCUCACAGCUCUAUACCAAUUCCAUUCUCAUGACAUGUCAAGAUUUGUGCUUGCACUAACCAGCUUUUCUGUAGUAGUGAAUUGUUUAUGUUCAUUCCAAAUCUACAGCAUGCCGAUUUUCGAUGACAUGGAAUCAAAGUACACAAAAAAGAUGAAUAAGCCAUGUCCAUGGUGGCUCCGAACAAGUAUUAGAAUCUUCUCCGGAUUCGUAUCCUUCUUCGUAGGAGUGGCAACGCCAUUUUUGGCGAGCUUGGCUGGUUUAAUUGGAGGAGUAGCAUUGCCAGUGACAUUAGCGUACCCAUGUUUCAUGUGGCUCAAAGUAAAAAGUCCAAAAAAGUAUAGUGUUAUGUGGUGUCUCAAUUGGUUCUUAGGAACAUUUGGUAUUGGUCUUAGUGGCUUAUUGAUUGGUGCUAGUAUAUAUGUUAUCAUUGAGACGGGUGUUAAAGUGAGUUUUUUUAACCCUAAGUAG